UGCAUGCUGCUGGAUUAUUUCUUCUCAACUGCAUGGCUCGAACCUUCGCUGCUCUGAACGGAUUUGUACUAGCUGUAUUGGUGUUUCCUGCAAUUCUCUGUUUUCUUGGAUGAUCAUGAAUAUGGUAAAGCUUUUCAUUCUAACUUUUAUUGAAGUUUCCUACAUAUUUGUGCAUGGAGCAGUAAUUGAAGCUAAUCAAAAUAUUUUCAACAAAGGCACACGUGAUUUUGCUGUUGUUGGUGAAAGUUUACUAUAUAAUGAAAAAGAAGUAUUUUCUACUGGGAAUCACAUUCUUGCAUUUCCAAGAAUGAGGACCUCACAAAGCAUCCUUGGUGGGAUUUAUACCACCUACGCUGAUUAUACUGAGCGUGUUAUCUGCUCAGGUAAAUGUUUAUCUUCAUCAAAGUCGCCAAUUAUGACAAGGCGAAACAAAGGGCAAAACAAAAAAAAGAAAGGAAAAGGAAGAAAAAUAGAUCCAUGUCAGAGGAAAUACAAGGAAUUUUGCAUUCAUGGAGAAUGUCGAUAUCUCAAGGCACUAAAGACACCAUCCUGUGUAUGCCAAUCAGGAUAUCAUGGAGAAAGAUGCCAUGCGCUUACACUUCCACUGGAGAAACCUUCACACUCUUAUGAUCACACAACUGUAUUGGCUAUUGUAGCAGUUAUCUUAUCAUCUUUUUGUUUAGUGACCAUAUCAUGCUUACUAGCAUUGAGAUACCACAAAAGAGGUGCUUAUAAUGUGGAAAAUGAAGAGAAAUUUAAGUUGGGAGUUGGUGUGUAAACAAUUCUGUCUACACUUUUUAAGCAGUUCUGAAAGUUCACAUUUGGAUUCAACACCUUAUAGACUUCUGACAUAUGAAUUGUUUUAUUUUCCAUAGUGCUGUAUUGUAUGCCAAGCAAAG